GCCGGAUCCCGGAGCCGGAGCGGAGCGGAGUGGAGCCGGGGCGGAGCGGGCCGAGCGGGCCGAGCCAGCAGCCGAGCUGGGGGCGCGGGCGGGCGGCAUGUACCGGGCCCGGGCGGCGCGGGCGGGGCCGGAGCCCGGCAGCCCGGGGCGCUUUGGGAUCCUCAGCACCGGGCAGCUCCGGGACCUGCUUCAGGACGAGCCCAAGCUGGACCGGAUCGUGCGGCUCAGCAGGAAGUUCCAGGGCCUACAGCUGGAGCGCGAGGCAUGCCUGGCCUCCAACUACGCGCGAGCCAAGGAGAACCUGGCACUGCGGCCACGCCUGGAGAUGGGCCGGGCUGCCCUGGCCAUCAAGUACCAGGAGCUUCGAGAGGUGGCAGAGAGCUGCGCAGACAAGCUGCAACGACUAGAGGAGAGCAUGCAUCGCUGGAGCCCCCACUGUGCGUUGGGCUGGCUGCAGGCUGAGCUGGAAGAAGCAGAGCAGGAGGCUGAGGAGCAGAUGGAGCAGCUGCUGCUGGGGGAGCAGAGCCUGGAGGCUUUCCUGCCCGCCUUCCAGCGAGGCCGUGCCUUGGCCCACCUGAGGCGGACCCAGGCCGAGAAGCUGCAGGAGCUGCUGCGGCGCCGGGAGCGGUGUGCCCAGCCAGCGCCCACUGCUGCUGUGGAUCCCCCCAAGCCCUUCCCUGCUGCUGCUGUCCUGCCCACCGGUGCUGCCCGGGGGCCACCAGCAGUGCCCCGGAGCCUGCCCCCCUUGGACUCCCGCCCAGUGCCCCCACUGAAGGGCUCCCCCGGGUGCCCCCUUGGCCCAGCCCCUCUACUGAGCCCUCGGCCCUCGCAGCCAGAGCCUCCCCACCGGUAGGAUCCAGGGGCCUCCCAGGUGAUGGGCCAGCCCCAAUGAAAGAACUUUACUCAUGGGGUCCUGGGAAGGUGUCUGCUUCCCCCAAGGGGCCCUGCCUAGGGGGUCUGUUGCACCCCACCACUCCACUGGGCUCACACAAUGCCAAGGCUGACAGGAGUGUUUUUCAUCAUGUCCUGAGCUUAACUUUACCCCAAUUCUGGGGCCCACCACCUGGGAGCCAGGUGGUCAGGCUCCAGCUGUGGGGCCAGGGACUCCGUGGCCGUGGGGUUACUACGUGCCCCAUUCAUGCUCCAGACUCUGGGGCAAGGUAGGCCAGGGCUUCUGACCUGCACAGGUGAGAGUGGGCUAUCCCCAGGAAAGACCAUUCUGUAUUUUUCUGUCCCCAUCUCCCUAGAAUGGAACCUUUUUGAGGGCAGGUCCUUGUCUUUGUAUGUUCUGUCCCCAGCCCCACCUCCCAGGGGCCGUCAAUAAAUGUGAUGAGGAUGAUGAU